AUGGCGCCUCCGAGCAACCUCGGAAAACGAGUCAAGGGCACCCAGGUCUGCCGGCCCUUCAUCUACGGCACCACCGCCAUUCCCUUUGGUCCCCAGAACCCGAAACCGCCCGGCGUGCCUGACGACCACACACACUCGUGGCAGGUCUUCGUCAAGGGCCUCGACGACACAGACAUCACCUACUGGCUCCGACGAAUCCAAUUCAAGCUGCACGAGUCCAUCCCAAAUCAUGUCCGAAGUGCGUCCCCACCCUCCUUCUCUCCAUCCUUCCCCCACAUCCAAAGCCUCACCACCUCGGGCCUCCUGCUACCAUGA